AACUUACAGAUAAUGUAAAUAUAAUGGCGGCUAAUUUAACUACCCAAGUCCGAUCAAUCGCUGAAGUUACGACUGCAGUAGCAAAAGGAGAUCUGAGCAAAAAGAUUAUUGUAGAUGUAAAAGGCGAAAUUCUUGAUUUGAAAAAUACUGUCAAUUCCAUGGUAGAUCAACUACGUAUGUUUGCAGCCGAAGUAACUCGUGUUGCACGUGAAGUCGGUACAGAAGGAAUUCUAGGUGGUCAUGCGCAAGUUAAGGACGUUGGUGGAACAUGGAAAGAACUAACAGAUAAUGUUAAUACGAUGGCGAAUAACUUAACAGCUCAAGUGCGUGAUAUUGCCAAUGUAUCAAAAGCUGUUGCUCGUGGAGAUCUUAGUAAAAAAAUUACCGUAGAUGUCAAAGGAGAAAUAUGGGAUCUUAAAAAUACCAUAAAUACUAUGGUAGAUCAACUACAGACUUUCGCAACGGAGGUAACACGUGUGUCGCUAGAAGUCGGAACAGAAGGAAAGUUAGGAGGACAAGCUGUUGUAAGGGGUGUUGAAGGAACUUGGAAAGUCUUAACUGACAAUGUGAAUAUAAUGGCAGCUAAUCUCACGACCCAAGGUGAUUAUUUUGUAACAACAGCCGUUGCGUGCGGUGAUCUAAGUAAAAAGAUAACCGUAGAUGUUAAAGGAGAAAUACUAGAACUUAAAAAUACAGUUAAUUCUAUGGUAGAUCAAUUACGUAUGUUCGCGGCCGAAGUAACACGUGUUGCUCGUGAAGUCGGUACUGAGGGAAUCCUAGGUGUUCAAGCGCAUGUUAAAGACGUUGGUGGUACAUGGAAGGAACUGACGGACAACGUGAACACCAUGGCAUCUAAUUUAACAGCUCAAGCUUGCGGUGAUCUUAGCAAGAAGAUUACUGUCGACGUAAAAGGUGAGAUUUUAGACUUGAAAAAUACCAUAAAUACGAUGGUGGAUCAGCUAUCUACUUUUGCUGCCGAAGUCACCCGCGUAGCUCGUGAAGUAGGUACCGAGGGUAAACUCGGUGUUCAAGCUAAAGUAAAAGAUGUUCGGGGAACAUGGAAAGAAAUUACAUCAAACGUUAAUACUAUGGCUGCGAACCUGACGUCUCAGGUGCGUGCUUUUGCUCAAAUUUCAUCAGCGGCUACAGAUGGAGAUUUCACGCAAUUUAUUACAGUUGAUGCAUCGGGUGAAAUGGAUUCCCUUAAGACUAAAAUAAAUCAAAUGGUUUAUAGUCUCAGAGAGAGUAUAAAAAAGAAUACCGCUGCAAGAGAAGCGGCAGAAUUAGCGAACAGAAGUAAAAGUGAAUUUUUGGCAAAUAUGUCGCAUGAGAUACGAACUCCAAUGAACGGUAUUAUAGGGAUGACCACAUUGACACUUGAAACUGAAUUGACACGGCAACAACGUGAAAAUUUGAUGAUUGUCAGUUCUUUGGCUAAUUCUUUGUUGACAAUUAUUGAUGAUAUAUUGGAUAUUUCUAAAAUUGAGGCAGGACGAAUGAUUAUUGAACAAAUUCCCUUUUCACUUCGUUCUGCUGUAUUUGGCGUUCUCAAGACUCUAGCUGUUAAAGCUAACCAAAGAAAACUAGAUCUUAUAUAUAAUGUAGAUAAUGGAAUACCAGAUCAGCUUAUUGGUGAUCCUUUACGCCUUAGGCAAGUUAUUACAAAUCUUAUUGGAAAUGCCAUCAAGUUUACUACUGAAGGGGAAGUCGUACUAUCUGUGAACACCAGAUCACUUGAAAAUGAUCAGGCGACUUUGGAAUUCUGUGUUAGUGAUACUGGCAUCGGAAUUCGGGAAGAUAAGAUUGAUAUGAUAUUUGACACAUUUUGCCAAGCUGAUGGGUCAACAACAAGAAAAUACGGGGGUACAGGAUUAGGAUUAUCCAUAUCUAAACGACUUGUAUCAUUAAUGGGGGGUGAUUUAUGGGUAAAAAGUGUUUAUGGUCAUGGAUCAGAAUUCUAUUUUACAGUUGUGGUGAACCUUGGUACGAUGAACAAAGAACAUGUUUGUCAAAAAAUGGCGCCUUGGUAUGGUCGACAUAUAUUAUAUGUCGAUACAUUGCACGAUAAAACUGGUGUAGUUGAUAUUGUAACCGAAUUAGGACUUCGUCCAAAGGUAGCCAGAUCAGUUGAAGAAACAGCAAUUAUCACCGCAUCUCGUAAAUCAGAUUCUCCCUUGUUUGACACUGUAAUUGUUGACGAUUUAUGUAUCGUUGAAAGAUUACGAGAGAUCGCACAUCUUAGAUAUAUCCCUAUUGUAUUAUUAGCUCCAAUGAUUCCAAACUUAAAUAUGAAGAACUGCAUUGAUCUUGGUAUUACUUCAUACAGUAGUACACCAACAAGUAUGACUGAUUUAAUGAAUGCCUUAUUACCGGCGCUCGAAUCAUAUGCCUCAGUACCAAGCGAUUUUGCAGGACAACAACCGUUGGAAAUUUUAAUGGCUGAGGACAAUAUUGUAAAUCAAAGAUUGGCUGUAAGGAUAUUAGAAAAAUUCGGACAUAAAGUUGAAAUAGUGUCAAAUGGUAAAUUAGCUGUUGAACAAUUCAAAUGUAAACGUUACGAUCUGAUUUUGAUGGAUGUACAAAUGCCGAUAAUGGGUGGUUUUGAAGCCACACAAAAAAUACGUGAAUACGAACAAGAUAAAGGAGGCCAUGUGCCUAUUAUAGCAUUAACAGCUCACGCAAUGAUAGGUGAUCGGGACAAAUGCCUCUCGGCUGGAAUGGACGAAUACGUUACAAAACCGUUAAGGAUGAAUGACUUAAUUGCCACUAUAAACAAAUUUCCCGUAAAAAACCCAAUUGAAGAAAUACAAAUUGCUGAUCAACGCAAUCUACCCCAUGUGUAA